AUGCUUCGAAUGCCUCGCAUUAUGCACGCUGCCGUGUUGUCAGUCAUACUCGCGCGCGUCGCUGCGGACAACGAGAUAACGAUUGUACGCCCCUACAAGGUACACAGUCACCCUGCCGAUCUGGAUCCCAGCGCCCAGUGGACCGCUUACACUCAAGCGUGCACAGCAGCAUCGGGCACGAUGAUGAACUACGACAAGCCCGUCUAUUGCCAGAACGGCCAAAGCGACCAACAUCCGUUGGCUGUGAAGCAUUUAUCGAAAGACUGGUCCUUCAUCGAGUGCUGCCCUGGGCCUGCCCCGUGUACAAAUGUUCCCGUGUACUGUUGA